AUGGAAAAAGUUUUUGCGAAAAUGGCAGAAACAGCUGAAGUGAUGCCAAUAUUUUACAAAAGUGCUUUUCUAAGUUGCGUGGAAGACAAACGUCGAAGUAAAAUACUUGCGCAUAAUUGGAAGAAUGAAAAACUUUUGGGGAAUAAACCACAAACUAUCAAAACAGUUCGGGAUCACGCACAUUUACUGGCGGAUUUCUUGCAUAAUAUCAUUUCAAUGAUGUUUGAUAGCAAAGUUGAAAAAAAUCCUUUAGCUUUAGAACAAAUUGCUCGAACACAUUUACGGCUAGAACCAUUGGGGUUUCAGAGGACGUUGUGGAUUCAGUUUGGUGAAUCACUCGCGGAAGUUAUGUUUAGUGAAGAAUGUGUUAGGGCGUAUCCACACGCUCCUAGCGCCUGGUCAUUGUUAAGUAUUACAAUCAGUGAUCAUUUACACGCUCUCGCUAAAAGAUCUCGAUCAUUACAAAUAAUGCCGAUUUCACGUACACUUCCGAUAACUUUUGAUCAAAAACCAAAAAUGGUAAAUCAACAAAAGUUAGUGCCAUCAUCGUCAUCGCUUGAUGCAGUAAGCUCACAAGCAGAUAAAAGCUUUUCACGACAAUGCCGUGAUCAGAUAUCAUUGGACCCAAAUGUUAUCGAUUACUUUCGAACAGAUUCGAGUCAAAGUGAUUCAUAUAUACCAGAUCAAAAACUUCCAUCUUUGUUAGAAACGAUCACUUCUGUACAGCCACAAUUAUCGCAAGUUUUUUUUCCAUCAAAAUUUUCUAUUUCUACGCCAAUAUUUCCGAAUUCAACUGAUUCUUCAGUUGCAACUACACGUCACGAACUUGCAAGCAGUCUUGAUUCUGUCGUGAAUUCCUCACUCAUAAAAAACUGUGUACGAAUUACACGAGUUUGA